GAAAGGCGUUGAUAAACAUGCUUACCAGUGGGUGUGGCCAAGACCACCUUUAACUCUGAGGCUAACCCAGACAGAGAAAACCCCAACAAGGCUUAUGGAACGCCCAAGUCAGUAAAAUGUCCAUUUCUAGUCUGCACACUCCAGGAGGGAGUUCAUACUAACAGCCUCAAGGACAAUGUCCAGCUAAAAUACAAACUAUGGGGCAGGCACAGCAAACAGAGAACGCCGAAGAAAUUGAUGUCAAAGCGCUUCAGGAUAUGUAUAAAAAAUUUGUCACGGAGUGCCCGAGUGGACUACUCUUUCUUCAUGAAUUCAAGCGUUUCUUUGGUGUGGACCCAACCGGUGAAGCAUCAGAUUAUGCAGAGAACAUGUUUCGAGCUUUUGACAGUAAUGGGGACAAUACAAUAGAUUUCCUCGAGUUUGUGGCAGCUCUGAACCUUGUUUUUCGAGGAGACAUGGAGCAUAAACUGCGCUGGUCAUUCAAGGUGUAUGACAAAGACAGCAACGGCUAUGUGGACAGGGAUGAACUUCGGUCAAUCAUCAAUAGCAUCUAUCGUGUAAAAAAAGGCACAAAGACAGACACAAAUGAGCCCCAUUUUACAGUAGACGAUGCUGUGGAACGAAUAAUGCAGGCUGUUGAUAGUGAUGGGGAUGGUUGCAUUAAUAUGGAAGAGUUCAUUAAAGGAGCACAGCAGGAUCCAUGGGUGCUCAAUAUGUUGAAAUUGGACAUAAAUCCUGCGCUAUGGGUUCUUGAGCAGAGGCGAAAGAGUACAACCUUCUGAAGAUGGCCAAGUACUCUAUGCAUUUUAGGCCUUCACACCAUUGAAAAGACAUUUAAUCAUUGCCAUAAGGGAAAGUGGACCAGUCGUGAAAUUAUAAAACGAAUCAAGGCUGUAGCCAUGCAGGCAAAAUUUUAACUAAAUUCCAGAGGUACAGUAUAGAAUUACCCCUUGAGGGAUUAUAAUCCAUCCCUAAAUUUUCCAUACCACUUAUUAUCCUCACUAGGGUUGCGGGUGUGCUGGAGCCUAUCCCAGCUAUUUUUGGUCAAGAGGCAGGGUACACCCUGGACUGGUCACCAGCCAAUUGCAGGGCAAGAUUAUCAUGACCAUAAUAAAUAAAAAUUCAUUUAAAUGAUUAUGGUACUAUUACUAUUACUACUAUUACUGUUACUUGAGACUUUCCACCAUUUACGUUUCUAAUAUGUUGCUUUUUUAUAUUUCAUGUCUUCAAUUGUUUAACCAACAAACCUCCAAUGUGUCUUUAGGGAAAAAAAUGUUAAUUGAAAAAGUAAACACGCUGUAAAACACACAAGAACCAGGUGGCAGUUGAUGGGUGCAAUUAAUUUACCUCUACCAUAUGUGUACUACAUUACAUAGCCAAUUGCACCUUAUCACUCAAUGCUGGUUCUGCUGACCUCUGACCAAAAUCAGGACCUCAGGACCUUUACAGCUGGCUAGAGCUGUGGAUUUAACAGUUUUAUAUUAAGACGUUAAAAGUGUUGUCAAUAUAAUUUGCAAGCAGUUCUGCGUUCACUGUUCAAUCUGCAAACUUUUAUAAUCUCUAGAGUUAAAAUCUCUGAAUGAAAACAACCAUCGAAUAACUCAACUAACAUUUCUACAUACUUAAUACACUCGCUCACUCGCUCUCGUACAGUGCAAACACUUUUCUGCUUGCUCUGCUUGCUUCGCCUCUGUUUACGUUUUUCUUGAUGAUAACCUUGUAUUUCUUCUUCAAAAGAAAUUAGAAGUAGAGACUGCUGGAUAUUUUUAAACCUGUGGGACUGUACUUAUUUUUGUAGAUACAGUCAGUUGUAGCCAUAUUCCAAUAUUUUUUUAUACCCCUUACCAUUACAUGAGUGUGGCCUGCUAAUUAGCACAAGCCUGCUAUUAGCAACAAGACCAGCAACAAGAUGCCUCCCUUUUCCACUGAAGACUAUCACAAACUGCUACAGAAGAUGGCAGUCCUGGAAAUGAAAAUCCACUGUCUUGAAGUGUAUGUA